CCUCCAAGACCCGACCUGCCCUGCGCCUGCCAGCGCCAGGUGGGCUGGGCCCGCCGAAAUAAUUCUGCCCCGCCAAUUCGGUGUUUCCUCUCCCGUCAAGGUUCGCGACACCACUACACCAUUGUCACUUCUGUCUCCAGCCCUAUACUAUACUGCCAAUCCCAGGACGAGCCUUGAAUAGCUUCGUAGCCCCCAAGGAUCCGUAAACAUGCUCGACGUCAACGAUUUCAUUGCUGAGCGCGGCGGCAACCCCGAAAAGAUCCGGGAAAGCCAGCGUAAGCGCUUUGCUCCCGUCGAGGUCGUCGACGAGGUCAUUGCUCUCUGGGACGAUCACCGCAAGACCGCCUACUCUGCCAUGCAGCUCAACGCCAAGAUCAACGAAGUCCAGAAGCAGAUUGCCCCCAAGAAGAAGGCCAAGGAGGAUGUCAGCGAUCUCUUGAAGCAAAAGGCCGACCUCGAGAAGGAGAAGAAGGAUCUCCUUGACUCCGCCGCCGAGAAGGAGAAGCUUCUCAAGGUCAAGGUCAAGACCAUCGGCAACCUCGUUCACGACUCCGUCCCCGUCUCCAACAACGAGGAUAACAACACUGUUGAGCGCACCUGGGCUCCCGAGGGUGUCACCUUCGAGAAGAAGGAUGUUCUCUCCCACCACGAGGUUCUCAGGAAAUUGGAUGGCUAUGACCCCGAGCGUGGUGUCAAAGUUGUUGGCCACCGCGGCUACUUCCUGAAGAAGUGGGGUGUUUUCCUCAACCAGGCCAUCAUCAACUACGGCCUCGAGUUCCUGUCCGAGAGAGAGUACACUCCUCUCCAGACUCCCCAGCUCAUGCUCAGGGACCAGAUGGCCAAGACCGCCCAGCUUUCCCAGUUCGACGAGGAGCUCUACAAGGUUACCGGUGACCAGGCCGACAAGUACCUGAUUGCUACCUCCGAGCAGCCGAUCAGCGCCUUCCACAGUGACGAGUGGCUUCAGGCCAAGGACCUUCCCCUGAAGUACGCUGGUUAUUCCACCUGCUUCCGCAAGGAGGCCGGUGCUCACGGCAAGGAUGUCUGGGGUAUUUUCCGUGUCCACGAGUUCACCAAGGUCGAGCAGUUCUGCAUUACCGAGCCCGAGAAGUCUUGGGAGAUGUUCGAGCACAUGAUCUCCAACUCGGAGGCUUUCUACCAGUCCCUCGGCAUCCCCUACCGUGUUGUUGCUAUCGUCUCCGGCGCUCUCAACAACGCUGCCGCCAAGAAGCUUGAUCUCGAGGCUUGGUUCCCUCACCAGGGUGAAUUUAAGGAGCUAGUCUCCUGCUCCAACUGCACCGACUACCAAUCCCGAGACCUCGAGAUCCGCUUCGGCGUCAAGAAGCAGACCGAUAUCAAGAAGACCUACGUCCACUGCCUCAACUCCACCCUUACCGCCACCACCCGCACCAUCUGCGCCAUCCUCGAGAACUUCCAGACUCCCGAGGGUGUCAAGGUUCCUGAGCCUCUGCGCAAGUACCUCCCUGGUGCUCCCGAGUUCAUUCCUUUUGCCCCCGAACCGGUCAAGGAGGUUAAAGAGGGCAAGAGCGGCAAGAAGGGUGAGGCUGCCCCCAAGAAGGCGGAGGCUCUUCCUGUUCGCCAAUAGGAGGAUAUUUGUGGUAAUUAGGUUGAAUUAGGUUUAGGUUGUCCGUGUGAUCUCGAUUGAAUCAUUUGAUACCAGUUCAAUGCGGUUGUUGGUGUCAUGUUUAUGAAGGUGUGAAGAUGUUGGUAGUCAUGUUGAUGAGAGGGGUUUGUGCAUAUGUGGCAGUGUGAAGUACGUUGAAAGUGAUGUCGUUCGAGAACUCAUAUUGGGAAGUAGGCGUAAUGAUUCACAAAAUAUUUUCUAGUGGCUCGGUC